AUGUAAAUAGAAUAAAAUGAAUUGAAAUUACUUUAAGGAUUGAUUAUAAUAAGCAAAAUUUAAAAAUAGAACUAUGAAGAGCAAAUAUAAAAUGGCAUCAUAUUUAAAGUAUCUAAUUAGCACACUUUUGCUAAUUAAUUCAAGUAUAAUUCUUUUCUUUAAUGCAAGCAUAAAGGUCUGGGUGCUGAUACAACUACAUAUUUUAAUAAGUAUAUUUGUACUGGUGGUACUGCAUCAAAAGUUGUUGGAACAGGAGAUGCUACCUAUGCUUUGAAAGGAAUCGACACAGCUCUAUAUUUAGGAGAUUCUAGCAGUACAAGCUUUAGACCUACAGUAAGCACUGAUUUCGGGCUGCUUUUCACAGGUGAGUAAUUUGCUUAUGUGAAAGCAUCAAAUACCUACACACUAUUCAGCAAUGAACUUCGCUACUCAGGCUCAUCAGUAACGAUGUGGGCCUAUAUUUUUGACAACCAACGAGAUUAGACUCUUGUAUGCAAGUAAAAUAGAAACUCAGGAAACGAUGUUUCUGACAAGUUAUGUCUCGGCAUCAAGAAUGGAUAUUUUUAUGCUUCAAUGCUGGGAGAAACUCUAGCAUUUGAUGCUGAAGUAUAAGAGGGCUGGAAUUUUAUCGCCUUUUUGAUUUAGAUGGAUGCAGCUAGCGCAUACUCAAGAUUAAGAGUGGUUGCAUAUUCCAGAUCAAAGGUAGUAGCUAGUUAUAAAACAUUUAGUUAUGCUUAUCAAGAUGAUGUAAGCUAUGACCUGCUGAUUGGUGGUAAAUAUGCUUAUGAUGGAUUAACGAUAAAAUCUGGAUUUUCUGGCUACAUCCUUGAAUUAAGAUUAUACUCAACUGUGCUUUUGACACUUGAUAAUUUAGACAAUAUGGUUGAUUAUGAUUGCACAACAAACACUGCACAGCUUUUGUGUGAAAUGUGUCCUAUGUAUGUCACAUCGACUGCUAAUAUAUGCCUUGAGGAUUUCUCGACUUCAAAAACUAUUGCAAAUUAUUAAAAGGCUAAAUAUAGUUUUAAUGGAGCACCAUCAGGCACAUCAAGGUAUUACUUUGGAAGUACAGUGGGAACAUAGAUAUUUAAUUUUUAUUUCGGCAAUGCCCCUUCGGAUGCUAGAACUUUGGAUAAUGAACCUCAUCGAUCGGAAGUUAAUGGCUUAUAUUUUGACGGUAAUGAUUAUAUGAGCAACCAAAUAAGCGCCAAUCAACUGACAUUAGAUAAGUAUUUCACAAUUGAACUCUGGGUCAGGUUCACACAAAGCAAGAUUACUCAAAAUCAGUAUCUUUUCUAAAAGAUAAAGACAUCAGGAGUUGAUACUCCAUUUUUCCAAUUUUACUUUGCUCCUAACAAUUCUUUUAUAGUAGAUUUUAAUAAAUCUCAAGCUCUUGAAGUACUAAAUGUUUAUAACACUUCCUCUUUCCCUGAGAGCUGGGUAUAUAUUGGUGUAAGUUUUGCUACUCUAUAUUAUCCAGUAGACAAGGAGUCGUUUCAAUCCAAGAUUUGCAUGUAUCUCUGGGGACCGUAUAACUAUGAAAAGAGUGGUUGUGGAGUGAUUAAUGAUUAUUAUGACGAAGUCACGGAAAAGCCGUAUUUCUUCGAUACCAGGAUUGGCUAAGGUUUCACAGGCUUCAUUAGAAACGCUUAUAUAUGGAAAACCUACAAAUCGCUUACACAUAUGUAUUAUACACCUAGAAGAAAUUACCCAUUGAAAAAUAAAUGCUCACCUUUUACAGGAGAAGGAUAUCCAACUUGUUUUGGAUGCGAUUAAUAUCUUGCCUCAGCAACUUGCUUCUCAAGCUGCUAUACAAAUUCAUACUCAUCAAGUUAUCUUUAUUGCCUUGACAGAAACUGCACUAAUGAACAGUGUACAUCUUGCUAUUCAGAUUCAUCUUCUAGAAGUAAUAAUUACUGUACAGCAUGCAUUGAAAACGCAUUCAUUACAUCAGGAGAACUGGGUAAUUGCAAAUGUAAAGAUGGCUACUAUCUAGACUCAGACAAAAAUCAAUGUUUACUUUGCCAUCAAAACUGUGAUACUUGCUAUGGACCUUCAAAUUCAUAGUGUUACAAAUGUAAACAUCACAAACCAAAUUGGAAAGGAAAAUGUUUGGACAGCUGUCAAUAGAUUGAUUAGCCAUAUAAUGAGACUUAUACCUAUGUUGAAAAAUCAAAUACUUGUGAGCCCUGCUUUGAUUUCUAUUACACAACUGAUUGGAUGAAAUGUAUUGCUCAGCCCUAUCCAAUGUAAAUUAGUAACUACAACAAUAGAUAUCUUAUCAUGCGAUUUUCUUCGCCUGUUAAGUAUUUUGGUGAUACUAUAGAUAAUAUCAUUACUUUAAGUAUUUCUGGGCCAAAUGAACCUUAUUCUUUUUCCUGGAGAGCUCCUUAUUGGGAAAGCAACACUUAUGCAAAGGAUGUCUUCUUAGAACUUGACAUCCCUCAAAUACUAAAUGGAGAUGAGAAGAUUUUCUUGUACAUUUCGAAUGUAUUUAUCUCAGAUUCAAGAGGCUAUCAGCUUCUUGCUAGAAAUUCAUCAUCAAGAUCCGAGUUCUUGCCAUUAAGUACAGAUUUAUUAGCUUAAGAUUAUCUCUCUCCAUCUGAAAAAGCUAUAAUUGAAGGAACAGGUACUGGUAUAUUAAUAUCUCUCCUAACUGCUCUGGCAUUUAAUGCUUUGAUCAUGUUUUUGAGUAGUGGAACGAACUCUGAUGUAUCGAUAUUUGCAAACUUUUUCGCUUACAUUUUCAAUUUGAACGGCAAUACGUUCCCUAAUGAUUAUGCCUUACAUUCGAAUUUUAAUCAGAAUGGAUACUCCUCAAUGAAGAUUGUCAUGAAUCUACAAUCUCAAAUGAUGAUUAUUGUAGUAUUUGUAGUGUUUUAUUGCCUCCUGAACAUCGCUAAAAAUAUGUCACUAAGAUGCUGUGGAAAAGGAAAAAUACUUCAUAAUUUGGAGCAAAGCUUCAUUUAUAAUACAUUUAUAAGAUUUUACUUGGAGGGUUUCCUUGAAAUCAAUACUUCUGCCUAUAUCAAUAUCCUAAAUCAAAGACACAAAUUCCAUUAAAAUAAAGAAAUUAAGGAAUAGUUUGGAAGUUUAUUUGAAGAGUACAAGCAUAAAAAAUGGUUUCACUACAUGCAUACCACAUUUUUCAUAGCAAGAAGGACUCUAUUCAUAAUGACUUUGAUGAUUAUGGUAUUUGUAAUGAUGAGACCUUACAAGGAUGAAAUUCUUAAUACUUUUUCAAUUAUUAAUGAGAUCUUCUUAUUUGUAAUAGGAUGCUAUCUAUUUAUAUUUGUUGAGAAUUAAAAGUAAUCAACUGUUCAGUUCUAUUUCAACAUAUGCUUCAUUUUUCCAUUUAAGAUAUAUGAGACCUAUCUUGCUUUUAAGGAUAGAAGAAGGAUAGAGAGACUCAGGUUCAUAUCUGAAGUUGAGUAGAAAUAUCUGAAUUUUGACUAUAAAAAAUUCUUCUUGUCAACUCUGAAACUCUACAAAAACAAGGAGCCACAACUUAUUCAAAAGAAGAAAGAAGAAAUGUAGAUAAAGCCAACUGAGAUCUACAAUCCAUCUGAUUAAGAUGAAUCCUCGUCAUCUGAGGAAAGGUCUCUGAGAAGCGGUGAUAAUAUACCUCCUGAGGCAUAUUCUACCAAUUAGCCUAUACAAACAAAUUCUAAGCCUAUAACUCCAAUUACCAAUGGUCCAGGUGAUCCAUAAGGAAUAUUUUAGGAAUCAUUAAGUGAAAAUGAAUAAGAUGACUUUUACAUGGACCAUGACGAUAUAAACCCAAAUGCAAUCGUUAUAGAUCAAAAGAGGUUUUCAAAGUUCAAUAGACCUUAAUCUGAAGGAGAUAAUUAGAUCGGAUUUCUUUGGCUUAACGAUAAUAAUAAUCCUCCACCCAUCUAUGAGCAAGAUUUGCCUAUAAAAGAUUAGAAUAUUCAACGCAGAAAGAAAAGUGUUAAGUUCUAGGAUCCAGCAAUGACAUAGUCACUUAAUAACACAGACGCAUUCAAGAAGAGAAGACAAAGCAGAGCUGCUAGAGGGUUCUUUGAUUAUAUGAUAAAACACUAGGACUCUCUAUAAAAGUCAGACGACAUAUUCAAGAGUGAGAAUGACAAUCAAAGCUAAUAAGAUCAAUACAAUCAAAUUUGGCAACAACAAAAAUGA